GCGAUUACAGUUUGUAAACGAUUAAAGCGUUAAUUGAUAAAACUAUCGAUAUAUUUUACCAUUGCAUUCAUUGGGCCGGCAAAUUAACAUCAUGGGCACUAAAAACAAAAAGCGUAAAUCCGACGAAGAUUCGAAGGACGAAUCUUGCAAGCAAGCAUAUGAUAAUGCACCGGUAUCACCGGACGAUUCGUCUAGUAUUACGUAUAGCGAAGCCGCCUCAGACCAUAGGAAAGUCAGCAGAAAACGUAAAAAACAUGCUGGUGCUGCAAUUGGAAACCAACCCGUCGCUGAAUCUAUGGAAGCACAUACACCUCUAGAGUACACUGAAACUCAAGAGACAUCAAGAGUAGUAGGAAAUGAAACAGCUCAAAACAAGAGCUAUCGUAAACGCAAAAAACAUUAUUACAAUGGCUUACGAGCACAAAUGGAAUUUUAUUUUGGUGAUGCCAACUUAAGCAAGGAUCGUUUUCUCAAACAAUUAAUUGACAAGGAUCCAUAUGUUCCUUUGAAAAUAUUCUUAACCUUCAACAAAAUGAAGGUAUUGACAUCGCGUGUGGAAGAUAUUGCGAAAUCCUUGACUACAUCCCAACUUUUAGAGUUAGAUGAGAGCCAGCAAAAGGUAAAACGAAAAAUUCCUCUGGUGGAAAAACGUAAUGUAGACGAGAAAACAAUUUAUGUUGAAGCAUUGCCGUCAUCAGCCGACCAUGAAUGGGUGCGACAAAUUUUCGAAAGGUUCGGGAAAGUUGAUUAUAUAUCCUUACCUAAAUAUGCAAAAUCUCAUAAAAUUAAAGAAUUUGGAUUUGUUGAAUUUGAAAAGGAGGAAAGUGUUGGCAAGGCUAUAGAAGCGUUUAAAGAAUUUAACGGGGUCUUAUGUAUGCAAGAGAAGGAUCCCUCCGAAUUGGUCAGUGUAAAAUCUUAUAUAAAAGAAAAUACUGGCGAUGAUUCAGUAGUAUCCGAUUUAACCCAAUGCGAUUUAAGAAAGAGACCGAAAAUUGAAACUCAAGAUGAAGCCGAACCCGUAGCAAAGAAAUUUAAACCAGAUUCGCAAGAUGAAGAAGUUUCCUCUAACAUCGAGGGCAAUACUUCACAAUCGGAACCUGAAGAAGCAGGUGCAGUCGCAAAGAAUAAAGAUGACAUGGAUGAAGAUGAGAGAAAGAAAAAACGCAGAAAACGUAAAAAGAAAUCUAAGUCCGAGGAGAAACUUAAACGCAAGGCCGAACUGAAUACAGACGUAUCCUACUAUGAACUAAAAAUUUUACCUAAAAGGGAUUGGAAACGCCUUCGUAAUAAAUAUCUGAAUUUACAAAGAGAAAAGGUUGCUGAGCUAAAACGCAAGGCUUGGAAGGAACAGCAAGAGAGCAAACAGCAAUGUAAAGACCUUACAAAAGAUGAAAGUUGUUCCCAAUUGCCUAAGGAAGAUCAAAAGAAAAAGUCUAAGGAAUCUAAACAUAAACUUCAAAAAAUGAAUAUGAACUUUUAUGGAGCAGCAGCAGAAGAGUCACAAGUAAAAACUCCAACCUCAGAAAAACCACAACAUAAUCCUCUCGAGCGACCACCAUUGUUCACUUACGAGGAGGGUCUAAUUGUAGAGAUGUCAUUCCUGGAACCUUGCGUAAACAUUAAAGAAUAUAAAGCUGAUAUGCGCCAAUAUGGCUCCGUUAAGUACGUAGAUAUUAAAGAAGGAUCCAUGCAGGCUUAUCUGAGGCUGGAAUCGCCGGAGAAAGCGAAAGAAUUUGUACAAAAUAUCAGCUGUGCUGAAUAUCAAUGUAAAAUUCUUAUAGGCGAUGCCGAGUCAACCUAUUGGAGGAAAAUAGAAAGUGAUAGAGAGCAAAAAUUGAAUAAACAAGUCAAAGUGCCACAAAAACGUGGCAGAGAAAAAGUAAAGAAACUUAUUAGUAAACACAUACGUUUCGGUGACGACGACGACGACUGAGACGAAAAAGAAUAAAUAAAAUGGUUUUAAAAAAGUCAA